AUGAAGCGCAUUAGUCAACUACCGGUGGUAAAUGGCUUGAAAGGCCUACGAAUCUCUCGUGGUCAAAGUUUAGCUCCAUUGAGCAAACGAUGUAUCCACACAACACCACCUUCGCCCGCAACAGUUGCGCCUGCGGCAUUCACAGCAUCUGGCCCGCCACCAGCCGCGCCAACUCCCAGUGCCGAGCAUGUCGAUAUUAGGGUCGCAAGGAAGAGGAAGCAAGCAGAGCUACUUAAGAAGGGCCAAGAUAUGAGAGCUGUAGCUAAUGGUAAAGGUGGUGGAACUGCGAAACUCAAGAGGUUCUGGAAGGAUGUUAAUGUACAGGAUACGGAAGAGGGUUUACAAAUAUUCCUUGACAAACGAGCUCUCCGAAGACCUUCCAAAGAUAUCCUCACAGUACCACAUCAUAAACCACAUUUGGCAUCUGCCAUCGCCCUUGAAUGGGAUCUACUUGUAUCUGCACAACAAGCUUUGAAGACUCACCUUAUACCGAUGACUUCACUCGUGAACCGCGCUCUCGAUAUUAUAGAUGAAGAAAAGGAGGGGGGAGACUUAAUCAGGACUCAUAUUGUUACAACCGUAAUGCGAUAUCUCGAUACCGAUUCACUUUUGUGCUGGGCGCCUGAAGCACCUGAAGAUCCACCAGGAUAUGAAACACAUGUUGAUAGAGUAGAGAGUCUGCGAAGCAUUCAAAGGAAAUCUGCAGAGCCUAUUAUUCAGUUCUUGUCUGAGAAGGUAUGGCCUGGGGUAGAACUUAUUCCAGUCUUAGAUGCGGAUAGUAUCGUACCUAAGAGUCAACCCCAAAUGACCAAGGAUAUAGUAAGAGGAUGGGUUUCUGGAUUACCUCCAUUCGAGCUUGCAGGAUUGGAGAGAGGUGUGUUGGCUGGAAAGAGUUUACUUGGAGCUGCACGAUUAGUAGUAGAAUGGAGUGCUGAGUUGGCGCAUUUACGAGAUGAAGCUGCUGAGAAGAAAUUUGGUGUAGAGGAGGCGGCCAAAGCUGCAAGUUUAGAGGUAGACUGGCAGACCGGUAUGUGGGGAGCUGUUGAAGAUACACAUGAUGUUGAGAGGGAAGAUAUUAGAAGGCAAUUGGGAAGUGUAGUAUUACUUGUAUCCGGGGCAAGAAAUUAG